ACAAUGUCUAGCAAGGAAAAAGGAAAGUUUGAAGAAAUGGCUAAAGGAGACAAAGCUCGUUAUGACAGGGAGAUGAAAAACUAUGUUCCUCCCAAAGGUGAGAAGAAGGGAAAGAAGAAGGACCCCAACGCUCCUAAAAGACCACCAUCUGCGUUCUUCCUUUUCUGUUCUGAACACCGUCCAAAAAUCAAAAACGAUCAUCCUGGCUUGUCUAUUGGAGAUACAGCGAAGAAAUUAGGAGAAAUGUGGUCGGAACAGUCGGCCAAAGAUAAACAGCCAUAUGAACAGAAGGCUGCAAAACUAAAGGAGAAAUAUGAAAAGGAUAUUGCAGCAUAUCGUGCCAAGAGCAAGAGUGACGCAGGAAAAAAGGGCCCAGGUAGGCCUGCAGGAUCUAAGAAGACAGCAGAACCAGAAGAGGAGGAGGAGGAGGAGGAAGAUGAUGAUGAAGAGGAGGAAGAAGAUGAGGAUGAGGAAUAAAUGAAUGUCCUGCUGUAAAGAUUUAUGCUCAAAAUCCAAUAUUUUGCUAAGAAUGUGAACUCAAGUGCAGCUCAUUGUUAGCUUCAGUAUAAAAAUCUGUACAGAAUUGUGUAUAGGUAAUGUGGUUCUUUGUAGGGAGACCUUUAUUUUUAAUGUCAGUAGUAGCCGAGGGCUGCUACUGUUUGGUUUAAAGAAAAAGAAGAAAAAGUUGUGGAAUGUUUCUGCAUAUUUAAUGGUUUUGUUGAAAUUCAGUGACUGAUAGCCAGGUGUUUCUUUAUAGCUAAGUAAAAACAAAGGAGGUAGCUUAAUAGCUGAUCUUGUAUUUUGUAGUAUAUUGCAUUGUAUUACUUUUUUAACAAUUUUGUAAUAAAAUGUUGUACAU